CCAACUUCUUCACUGACAUACUUUUCCACCAGUUUGCCUUAGAGGAGUAACAACUCAUGGAAUAUCUCAACUUUGUGGCACGUUUACAUUUUUGUUACACGUUUCUGGGCUUCAUAAUCUAGCUUCAGUGGAAGCGCUCCCAGGGACAGGAGAGGUUUCUUAACUCUUUUAUUUUUGCUUUACUUUCUCCCUCUUCGGCACAUGCGAUGUCACGGAGUGUCAAAAGAAGAAAGAAAUGUUCGUGUUUAGUUCUGUGGUUUCCGUGCGACGGCGUGUGUUGAGUUCAUGUUCUUAAAGAAACCCGUUGAGUAACUGGCGACAGGACUCUCUAAUCAAUGUGGUGUCAGCUGGAAGGACGCGGGGUCCGGAUCUCACCUCAACGCUGAUACGUCUUGGGAGUGAUGCACUGGCUUCCCCUGGUUGCCAUGGUGAUUGCCUCGGCCCUGCCAUUCCCCCACGACCCCGUGUCCACGAUUGCUGCCGUGACGACGGAGCACCGCCAUGACCCGGCCGCUCGCCUCGCAGCGCCCGCCGUGGACCACGACUUCCGCGGAAAUGCCUCACAGACGGACUACAACGCGGCUGCCAACAGACAAAACUUCCAGAACCGCCGGGAUUAUGUGAAAUCUUCCGCAGAUGAAGAGACGCUUGGAGUGGAGAACCGAGGAACCGACCGGUCGAAUAGCAACUCGGGCAGCGAUGGCAGAAGCAGAGCCAGCGUGGAUGUUCCCACGGAAGGAGGGACGCUCAGGGCCGAGGAUAUUAACCAGGAUAGUUCUCUACCAAAGGACUUAAAUGCUGACAGCAGCAGCAGGCGAGACUACUCCAGCUUUGUGGACAAGAAGGACAAUCUUCAGGAUUCUACAGCGGAAACCAAGAUUGCAGACAGUCCUGCUGCUAGUCUGAAGGGUCAAAGAGGACCAGGUCCGACUGUCCCCUCGGAGAAGCCGAGGGAUGCGCCUACAGUCGGGACAGGAAGCACGUGGACACCGGGGGCUGGAAGAGGUCUGACCGAGGACGCGGGGCUCGGCACGGGGCUGGACGAGAUGUUCCUGGACGCACAUCCGCGAGUCCUGUUCUCUCCGUCCCCGUCGCCUCCGGAGCACCCGCCUCUCCUGCUCAUGCUGGAGACCGGCCUGCUGGAGGAGGACAGGGAUGGAGAGGAGCAGGAGGACAUGCACAUCGAGGGUCACGGGGACCGGGCCAUCGACAGGACUCUGAGCUGGGCGGACUCCCCGGGCGUCUCCGAGGUCGCCCAACCCGUUAAAAGGGACAAACGCUCACACUUGAACGACAGGAGGAGAGGGGAGAAGUCGGUGUGCGAGGCGGAGAGCGUCUGGGUCACCGACAAGAAGACGGCCAUCGACUCCCACGGUCAGAAGGUCACCAUCCUGCAGGAGAUCCAGACCCAGACGGGACCACUCAAACAGUACUUCUACGAGACUCGCUGUCGCGAGGCCGAGCAGAUCAGCAACGCCGGCCGGUCGAGGAGCGGCGCGCCGCCGAAAUCUGUCGGGACGGGCGUUGCCGGGGCCGGCUGCUUGGGCGUGGACAAGAAACAGUGGGUGAGCGAGUGCAAAGCCAAGCAGUCGUACGUCCGGGCGCUCACCAAGGACGCCAACAACCGGACGGGAUGGAGGUGGAUCCGCAUCGACUCAUCCUGCGUCUGUGUGCUGCUGUCCAGAACCAAUCAGGCGGUGGGGAGGGAGGUCUUAACGAGGAAGGGGAGAGGCUGA